AUGGAGCCACCUCAGUUAGCACUGUCGGGAAGCAUUGCAUAUUCGCCAUCUCCUUUUUCAAAAGCCAAAAGAAAUCGCCCUGAACGUCCAAAGCAUAGUGCUGUCGGGAAGCGUUGCAUAUUCGCCGUCUCCUUUUUCAAAAGCCAAAAGAAACGUCCAAAGCAUGGAGCCACCUCAGUUAGCGCUGUCAGGAAGCGUUGCAUAAUCGCCAUCUCCUUUUUCAAAAGACAAGAAAUCGCCCCGAACGUCCAACCCGCCCACUCGCCUCGGCACGGGAAGUCGCUCGGACUGCGCGGCACUUGGACGGCAAAUAACUCGGCAUCGUUUGAGCAAGCGUGGGAGAGUGUGUUGAGUGUAGUUAAUCCGAGGUCGAAGGCUGGGAACCGGCAAAUAUCACAGCAGUGGUGGAUUGCGUUGUUCGUGCACUUCUUCGGAAUUCGCGUGUUCAGAGAUGAUGAUGAGCUUCGUGUUGGUGAGAAGAUUGGAACGGAACUUAUCCGUAGUAUUACACAAUCUAAGAUCUCCAUCCCAAUUAUCUCAGAAAACUAUGCUUCUAGCAAAUGGUGCCUUCGCGAGUUGGCUCUUAUGUUGAAUUGCAAGAGAAACAAAGAGCAAAAGGUGUUACCCAUAUUUUACAAAGUGAAACCUUGGCAAGUGGAGCAUCUCAUUGGGAGAUUUGGAGAUGCUAUUAGAACACACAAAAGCGAUGUGGAAGAAAAGAUUGUGAAGGAAUGGGAAGAAGCGCUCAAAGAAGUCACUUCCUUGAAAGGAUUGGAAUCGGAGAAAAUCGAUAACGGGAAUGAAGCAACAUUAGUUGAAACAGUUGUCAAAAGCAUUGUCCGAGAGUUAAAAAGAUUGUUUUUGCUAGAUCUUCCAGAACAUUUGGUGGGAAUUGAUGAUCAGCUGAGACAUAUUAUGAGCUUCAUAGAUGCUAAAUUCAGUGAUACACGGAUUAUCGGAAUCUAUGGAAUGGGCGGUAUCGGUAAGACAACUCUCGCAAUGGCGUUAUACAAUGAACUUUCUAGUCAUUAUGAGAAGCGUAGCUUCGUGCUAAAUAUUCAAGAAACAUCUAAGGGCAAGGGGAUUGAACACUUACAAAAGAAACUCUUUCGUGACAUAAUGAAGGGGCUGUGGGAUGUGGAUGAUGUCAACGAAGGAAUCCGUAUCCUUGAAUCUCGAUCGAUAAGUGAAAAAGUUCUUAUUCUUCUUGAUGAUGUGGAUGAUAAUACUCACUUGAAGGUUUUGAUUGGGGACAAGAGUUGGUUUAAAGCUGGAAGUAUAGUCAUUAUAACAACCAGAAACAAGAGUAUUCUUGACAAGGCUAGUGCAGACUACGUGCAUUUACUCGAGGGGUUGCCUUUGGAUCCAUCAUUGAUUUUAUUUAGUAGACAUGCAUUUCGAAAGGAUUCACCCCCAAGUGAUUAUGAGAUGAUCUCUCGUGCUUUAGUAUCUACUACCAAGGGGCUUCCCUUAGCUAUUGUAGUUAUAGCUUCACUAUUAAGUGAUAAGAGAAUGGAAAAAUGGGAAAAUACAUUAAAGGAACUACAAGAAAUGCCUGCAAAGGAAGUGCAAAAGAGGUUGAUGAUAAGUUACGAAGCAUUAGAUGAUAGAGAAAAACAUAUAUUUUUGGAUAUUGCAUGUUUUUUCAUUGGAGAAUCUCAACAAAAUCCAACUUAUAUGUGGAAUGCAUGUGGCUUUUUACCAUUGAGCGGAAUUGAAGAAUUAAGUCAUAGGUCCCUAAUUGAAAUUGAUAAAGAUGGCACAUUCAUGAUGCAUGAUCAGCUGAGAGAUCUUGGGAGGGAAAUUGUUCGUCGACAAGGAUUAACGGCUCCUCAAAACUGUAGCAGAUUAUGGAGCGAAGAAGCCAAAUUUGUCCUUGAUGGCAAUAUAGUAAGCAUUUUCUCUACUUGUCUUAAUCAGUGA